CCCCUCUUCUUUGCCUCUCGUUUUGUUGGUGAAGAUAAUCACAGUGAUGUCUGCAUUCAACCUGCUGCAUUUGGUGACAAAGAGCCAGCCAGUAGCCCUGCGAGCCUGUGGGCUUCCCUCAGGGUCAUGUAGGGAUAAAAAGAAUUGUAAGGUGGUCUUUUCCCAGCAGGAACUGAGGAAGCGGCUAACACCCCUGCAGUACCAUGUCACUCAGGAGAAAGGGACUGAAAGUGCCUUUGAAGGAGAAUACACACAUCACAAAGAUCCUGGAAUAUAUAAAUGCGUUGUUUGUGGAACACCAUUGUUCAAGUCAGAAACCAAAUUUGACUCCGGUUCAGGUUGGCCUUCAUUCCAUGAUGUGAUCAGUCCUGAUGCAAUCACCCUCACAGACGACUUUUCCUACGGGAUGCACAGAGUGGAAACCAGCUGCUCUCAGUGUGGUGCUCACCUUGGGCACAUUUUUGAUGAUGGACCUCGUCCCACCGGCAAAAGAUACUGCAUCAACUCAGCUUCCUUGUCUUUCACACACGCAGAGAGCAGCGGUGCUGAGGGAGGCAGUGGCGUCGUCAGCCCUGCCCAGGCCGACAAAACUGAGUUGUAGGAUGGAGAGGAACAGAAACCAAGUGUUCUUAAUGCACAGCUUCUUUAAAAAACAAACAACAACAACAACAAAACACAAUAUUGUCUAUCUUAAUAGAUAUAUUUUUCCAAAAAGUGUAAAGGCAUUUUUGUGCUAUUGGUAUUUUUCCUUCUUUUGCUUAAACAGAGGUUUGGCCACCAAUGUAUUUUGCUAUUGACUAGAUCCAGAACUGUUUAUAGCUUUAGUGAUGGAGAUGGUUUGUGAAACUUCUUCAAAAGCCAUUUAAGUACCAUUUGAUAUU